AUGACCAGGAUUCUGACCAACAACAAGAAAAUGGGGAACGGCAGGGGUCCCAAUGUGCGCGACGUACGCCGGCAAGUGAGUCUGCCAACGCAUUCCGAAAUGUUGGCAAUUGUUAUGGUGCGCAGUCAAAUAGCGCCUGACAGAAUCCAAUGCGGCCCGCUGCUGGUCCAGCACAUCUCCCACGUGGUCCGUUUGGGGGGCACAAACUCGCUCACCUCACCACUUUGAAAUCCUUAAUCAUGUAUUUCAUCCGCAUCACCACUCGGUUGCUGGCUAUGGUUUGUCCAUCCGCAGACAUCAAGCAGGUGUUAAUACAGAAGGCAUAGUCGACCAGGGGUUUCCAAAGCGAUGAAGUGGGUGACGUCACACAGUUCUCUUUAUUGUUUAUCACGAGUGUUACUCUAUUCGUGAAAUUACACUUACCCCAGAUUUAUUUUCAUGCGAUUGCCAAAGCCAGAUUGGUGUUCAGCUGUUUCCCAUUAAAUGAAAUUUAACUAAGUGGUGAUUGCUUACCCUGUCAUCGCCUGUUGGACUGUUCACAUCCUUAUUUUUCAGACUAAAAGGCAGUGCUUCGUCCAGCAGUUUGCACAGCACACGACCAUUUUCCACUAGCAAAUCAUGUUGCUCGAUCCUCUAUAGGGAGGGCAUUGCUCAUCGGCUGCCGGUGACUCGAACGAGGAUACAUCCACGUCGUGUUCCGCCAGCAUUGAAAGAGGUGAGAAGGUGUUGGUCAGGAACAGACUGUGUUCCAUACAGGCCUGCUGGCGUAUGAGUCCAGUGUCGCUGAAACUGCUGAACCCACCAGCAACGGAGCUCUCCCAUUCAAGUAAUCUGAUUUCUGUGUCUACGCUGGCAGUGAAGUUACCAAGGAAAAUCAGUCUGUCAGCCUUCCAAACGGUCAUCGGGAGGACGUGCACGUCUUCUUGGAACUUGUUCUUCACUUAGUCAUAACUGAUCAUUGCGAGGCGGUGCCGGAGGGACUCAGCAGUGACGAUUUCGGCUCCGUAAAGAGGCAAGAGACGAUGGCUGAUUGCCUGCGGACGACAGAGCGGCCAUUCUCUGAUGUCAGUCCUGACGGCAGAGGCGAUUACACAGUCCCAUAGCGCUGUCUUUGGACGUUCGUCUCAGAAGACGGUGCAUCCGGCAUCCCCUUCUCUCAAUCGUUAUCCCACCGACGGCCGAAAAGUCACUUUGACCCAAUUCGUGCGCCGCCACAGGCGUCUUCCUUUCCGGACGGUUUACCGAUGGACUGCCUAAGAAUGGGCAGCAAUUCCGGGCUUCCAGAGUGAGCAAUGUCCUUCUGGCAGUCUGGUGGGAAUCAAGGUGAUGAGGAUGUUAUGACUGCGUUUUUAGUUCUCACGAGCCACAGCCAAAUUGCAGACGACGUGACUUGUCAACAGAAUCUUUAUCCGCGAAUGGGCUAGGCAGUGCUGGCCAUAAACAAGGCUACGUAGUUAUCCCACCGGAUCGCUGUCGCUCAUUCGAUAGGACUAUUGGGAUUGGAAUCGGGCUCCACUGUUUGUCCCAACACCAUGAUGAGCGCAGUGACAGUGGUUUACGCCUGAAUAAGUUUGCGGAGGUGGUAGGCUUGCGUUGCGCCUGUUUCACUCCCUCUUCCUUCGCCUACCAGGGUCCGGCGUCAAGCUAGAGUUAAGAUGACCGGAACGGGAUCGGCGCACUGCAUAAUUAGAUCGAACAGUCCGUCUGCGCGUGCCACGCACGUCUGGUCCACGCACAACGGACAACAGUUUAAACAAGAAAGGGACAGCUGCGAUCCCAUCUGAGUGGGAGUGUUGCAGAAGCCUCGUGUAGAAGGAACCAUUGCAGCCUGACUCUUCGUCCUGAGAAGAAGAGAGAGUUACCCCUCCCAGUCAAAACUUUAGCGCACCAUGGCAGUUCGAAAGCCCUUCAGCUUGUUUAUAGAGAGGAAGUAUACUGAGGUCAGUUCCCAGAGUCGAAUUCACUUUCUCCUCCCUCUCUGAGGCACCAAUCCACUGUCUCAGAUGGUCAACUGUCUGAUGUGUGGAUUAGACGCGGCGAGUGACAGCGCUAAACAGCUCCUCUACACGUGCUACACACAUGACCCGCUUUUCCGCACAACAUUCGAGGAUUUCGAGCGAACGAACGGGCGGCGCCGACUUCAUAUGAACGAGAGCGCCUGGGUGGCCACAGUAUGAAGGAGCCAAUGAGGCUGACUAUCGGCCCACAGUCGGUCGCUCCAUACACGCACACAGAGCUAACCGUGAGGCCUGAGUUGUAUCAUCAAAUGUUAACCUCCCGACUCGUGAUGAUUAGUGUAUGGUGAUAGUUUCAAACGCGUCAAGUUUUUUAUAGUUUGGAAUGCGUCGAAGUGCCGUAGAGAUGAAUUCAUUAAAGUCGACCUCACUCUCCCCUCCCCUCUUCAGAGAGGCGAUGAAUUUUCCAGGUCGUUCAACCAUCCGAUGCUGCGAUUGGGUAUAGUGGCUGGGAGAGCUGAGACAGUACUUAUACGCAUUCCCCACACACACACGACCAGGCCUUUUUCGGAGAGUACUAGGGUGUGCAUGCCGACACAUCGGAAAUCUUCGUCCGGGGUUUGGCCGUUGGGCACAGGAAAGCUUCGUGUAGGCACACAUGAGAGUUAGGGACUGGUUAAAGACCGCGCAGAGCAAUCAUCAAAUGAAUCAAACUCGUGGAUCGUUCUGCCAUUUCCACGCGGUAUAUCCACUCAGUGAGCGCGGUGUGAACACCGCGUAAGUGGUACGACUACUGAAACAUUUACUAAACUGAAACGGUUGGAUUAGUCAAAAAACGAUGGACAUUCCCGUUAGGGGUUGGGUUGGUUAACGCGGAGAAGAGGUGACUGUAACCUAAAAAGUAAACAGUUAGUUUUUAACUGACUCCAGUACUCAUAGUGAAUAACCUAAUUCGUUCACACAAAUAAUCCUCGGAGUAAGUAACUCCCGCCAUAAACCAUACCACUGCCUUCACUCCAUAAUUUUUUGCCUUUUUUCCUAUCACAACCGUCUUUUGCUACCUUAUUGGUGGAGAUCACGGAAAGUGUGUGUGGAACACCAGUUCAGCCAAUAUUUUACCGCCAAACUGCCUGUCCAGUUAUUUAACUGCUGCACAAUUGUUCAGAACUCCGUUGGCACUGGGGCGCGCAGAGGUCGACGUCCAAGUUUAUGGGUUUGCAGCUGGCUUUGAAGUAGCUUAAGGCCCAGGACGGGGAGGGGGGAGAAUGAGGGACUGUGACUGCCCUAACGGCAGAAACUGGUGAGAUGACGGAGGCCCCAUUAUGGGAACAGGAGCGGGAAGACGUCCAAUCAAAACACAAACUGUCGCGCAUAUGAACAUCAACCAUUGAGACCUUGAAUCCUCGCCGUUCAUGCUCAUAGUCCACGUUUAUCUGCCACAAAUCGCAAAUCGCGCCUAAAUACAGACCCCUGUUAACAAAACCAAAGUCAUGUUGGGAGUACUUUCAAGUGGAAUUGCAAAAAAGAUGGGUACUCCAUGAAAUUCCAUUAUCACAUAACUAAUUCUACGGCGCAUCCACUACAAUAUCCUUAGGCCGUUAUCUUACAGACUGCAUGCGCGGACGCAGGAGUCUCACCUGUCCCAGUUUAAACAGAAGUGCGGUUAAUCUUUGUAUAAACCAUUCACAGGGGAAGGAAAGUACAACCAACCUAUAUUGUUGUUUGCAGCUUCAGCUUAUCCGAACGCCUUCUCAUGUCUACAUGCCCAUGUAUGUCUUACUAGACUUUGACAAUCCUAUAGCGACAAGCAAAGAGCUCCCUUGUAUAAAACGGUGUUGGCAAGAUCUCAUUUCGUAGCCGUAUCUGUUAGGGGUUCGGGUUAGGGGUUGGGGCUAGGGGCUAGGGCAAGGAGUAAGAGGUUAGGGACCAGGCUGGUGCUUGUCUACUGCAGGUACGGCCACGACCAACGUGCUUACCUCUAAUAGACCUGAAUGCCGGCGCUUUGAAUAGGUGAACGGAAGACGUCUGCAUGCAUCGCCACUGUCCUCUUGACUUUAGUCAGUCAAAUCCACAAACCCAUCAGAACAAAUUACUAAGAAAAUUGUCAUAGUGUCAGGCUAACUCCCUGAAACUGACCAAACAGACAUGCUUUUUCGGUUUUCUCAGAUUUCGAUGUCAGCGAGCAUGCAUGUUUUGUCAAAACAACAAGUAAGCUAGCAUUUACGUCAAGUCGACACUGAUGCACGUGUUUGCCAAAGAAAGUACUGGCCUCCGAAAUGAUUUCAGCUGUCUAUUCAGUCAUUCCCGAGGAGCUUUCGCAGCUAUGAUACUGAUGAAACAGGAAAUGUUAAUGUGGAUUUGUUUGGAGCAAAAUUGCUGAAAACAGACCGUUCAAGAGGUUUAUAGUUUCUUUAGUCUAGGCAUUAGCAGUCGCCACGAGGGAAACAGCAAUCUUGACGUAGUGGGAGGAAGUCAAGUUACGUAGGCGGUAAUGUGAGAAGAGGGAAUUUUGACGUUUGCACUAGUUUAUUCGAAAGAACACCACUGUUCUCAUUUCGACAAGGACUUCGAGCUUUCGCCACCCAAGCGUAACAGAAUAAGUAGGAGUUACAGUGGACAAAGUGGGGGAAUCAGUAAGCCCACUUCAUUUUCUAGUUUUAAAUAUUGCCGAGCCUUCGGAUCACACAACAAGCCCCUUCAAAAUAAGGAGUUCUUGCUGACUUUGCAAAUCUAGUAAUACUGUUAUUUUUUCAAUUUGAAGUUGUUAACUCUUGUGAGCAUAAUCAUUUUGGUAAACGAAAGUCAAACAGAUUUAGUAAAAAAUUCAUUUUUGAAAAAACACGUCGCAGCAACAGGCCCUUUAAUUCUCGCCUUCACAACCAACCAAACUACAGAGUGUUAAACAAGGCUGACCAUCAUACGACGGUAUAAAGGACUCAGAGUUCGUGGUGCAGAUUUUACAACGACGCAUUUGCACACCAUUAAGUACCUUAUGUUGUACAGACAGCCUGUACUUGAAUGCGCAGACAAGCGACCACACGUCUGAAUUUGAUUGGUUGGCGUGUGCCGUUUGCGCUUUUCCCGGAUCCAGCAUAAUUUCCGUGAAGAAAACUCAUAGUACUAUUUGCCCAUUAAUCGCGAAUAGGCGCAGUUGGACUUUUUCAGGCAAAAUUAAACGAUAAAAUAUACAGGCAAACUGCGUAAAUCCGAAACAGCAGACGAUCAUCACGGGAGCGCUUGUAUAAGACGAAUCAUCGACAACUGAACGCAGUGAACAGAAACCAUCCUAACAUGGGUCGCAAGUUUAAUAUACGAAGUAAAAUUUACGGGAAUAGGUAUAUUAAACAUCAAGAGCAGAACAAAAUAGCAUUCUAGUGCGUUUCCACACAACGUUCAUUUAGUGGGUCUGCUGCAAUCUCACUUUUCACCCCUGGUGUGGUUAUGCAAGGGUGAUUAACCGUGCAUUCAGGUCUUUCUGCUAUUUUGCAUUUAAUACAUAUUUUUUUUACUUUCUUUCAUGAUGUGAAGUUUACGUCUGGAUUUUUAACCUUCACAACCUUCCAAAUUUUUAGCAUGUUCUUCCCAAUAUUUAAAGCGAGCUCUUGUGCCGCAUAGAAUGCGGUGUAUGUUGGUUAUAAAAAACGCUGUUUGCUCGAAGUAGGCAGAAGUAUUUUCUGGAAUAAAGUUAAAGCCUUUUUGGGUCUAAUUCUUGCAAAAGUUUGUAUAAAUAAUCGUACAAGUGGGAUGGCCACAUUUUCCGGUAGAUAAAGCAGAAAACGUGAUUGCUUAAAGCAUGGCAUACAUAUGUAGACUCCUUUUUCAUCAACGUAAGGAUGGCUACAGCUUUGUGGAGGCCAGGACAUGCAUUUGUUUAUCUAAAAACUUCGUAACCUUACAUCGGAGUAUCAAAAUCACGACGCGCCUUUGAGUCAUUAGCGCUUAAGUCACCGUCCCGAAUAUCGCAUUCAACCGGCACGAGAUUGGGUCAUACUGCACAAAAGCUGGUAAAUAUAUUUUAUUUUAAAGCGGCAAUAUCACUGGUGUCGUGAAUUUCCAUUUUUGUCGCAUGCUUUAAGUCGCAAAGGAAAACACCAAAAACAUUGUAUAUUUCUGAAAACUUCACAAUUUAGUACAAUUCUGAUGUGGCUUCCGUUGGGUUUAUUGCUGUUUAAGUAACACCGCAUUACACGAUAUUUGUCUAUCGGAUGACGCAAAUUGUAAAAUAUGCGUAUAUUUAAGAAACAUCGCAAUAAUUCCGAAACCAGCCCAAAUUCACCGAUAAAAAUAGCCACUUAUUAAAGAAGCACCUUCAUCUGACUGAAAACACAAAAAAUGUAUAACAGGUGAUGUCGUAUUUUUCGUAAGGAGAGUGGAAGCACCGAAAACGCGAAAAUGUUGCUCUGAUGAGUUUGCAUAAGUCCGUGACACCUGCCUAUGUAGACGACUAAGCAGCUGAAACAGAAUAGACACAGCACUUUUUAUAAACCCUUUAGAAACUUCCCGGCGUAAGUAUACUCUACGAAUUUGUUUAAUAUGCAGCAUGACAGCCAGGUUGCUAAGUAAUGCUUGAGCCUACCAUUUAAAGCGAUGUACCGGAAAUUUGUUGCAAAAUGCCCGUUUUAACAUUGAUUUAGAUGUGGUUGACUAAAGCGGAGAGGAAGUCGCAGAUGGGUACGUCAAAUGUCGCAUAUCGAGUGGUCGGUUAGUGACCACGAAAUUACAAUUGGAUUGGUGGGGUUAAUAAUAAGCAUAGCACUUUCUGUGUAUCAGAACAACAUUUCUUCCGUACAGUCCUGUCUGCCUUCUGUCUGCAGUAGGUCCAUACGCUUCCCAGUGUCUUUGAAAUAUUAACGAAUACUUUGUGACAUUGAGAAUUUUAGAGUUCUCAACCGCCAUUCAACAAUAUAAGUUUUUUGGCUCAUGGCUAUUCAAAUGUGGCGAGAUCUCGGACGAUACUUCCGCAGGACUAUAACGGGUUGGCCCAUAUGUGUAAGCUAGCCGAACAUGAAAACCAAACGUCGAUGUGAAUGUAGGUCCAACACGAAACCCGGCAAGGAACCUACUCUUGUUUAAAUAACGUGCCGUUAAAACGCCAUCUCUUAGGAGUGUGUUCUAUUAAUAUGUUUCGUAGAGAAAUACCCAUGUCCUCCUCUUUCCAGAGCAAUGUCGAAAGAAUUGAAAUCUUUGUCUAAAAAUGUACCUACCUAACAGGCUAGAAUAAUUUUUCUGGCAAAAACGAAAAAUUUCUUUCUAUUCUGGGGAAAUCUUCUUGCCGUUACUAAUGUAUGGCCCAUUUAAACGCUCCAGAACGCUUACCAUGGUAUCCUUCCGUUUAAAACUUACAAAUGUAUGAAAAUAAAAUGUUAGAGAAGCAUCUUGCCAUGCGUACGAAAGUCCGAAUGGUUAGUUAGUGAUGAGUGUUUUUAUAGUUACUUAGGGAAACUUGGAAUGUGCCUGGAAAUUUCUGGCACGCGAUUCUAGAGAAGACACCUACACUAUGCGACCUAACUCAUGCAGUGCAAUGAUGUGAGUCUCGAUGACGAUGUUAAUGCACCUAAAAUAUUGUUCCCUUUUGACUUAUUCACCUAACUUCAUCCGUAAAAUAUUCUUUUUGCAUGAAGGAUAUGUUUGUAAAUAAAUGCAUCUGAAAAAGAUUAUCUAAUUUUAGCGGAUGUCAGGGUUAACUUUUAUUCGAGCUGUUUUCUCUGGUAAUAGUUGUUCCAGACUGCGUUUGCUCAUCGCUGGGUAUUUACUCUUAAAUAGAGUAGUCUUACAGUGAGAGUUUUGCUAAAUAAAACUUGUCGCACUUGAAAUUUGUGUAGGACUCCUGUUGGUUGCCCUCCCAGUACUGAAAUCGGCUGGCUCCCUAUCUUACGGGACCGGUAAUAAUGGGGGAUAUACGAGUGGGGCAUUGUAUGCAUGCGUCAAUGACGUUUAUAGUGUAUGCCCCGAAUUGAUGCCCCUGCUAAAGCCGUAACCAAAAUUAAAUAUGGCGAAAAAUGAAAGAAAGAUAUAAAAACAUACGUGGAUACCAAGUAUGGUCUGCGGAAUGAAUGCAUCCUAGCUCCAGAUUGGGUUCGAUGUUCCUGAUUUUCCGCAAAUAAUAAUUUAUUGCCACUAAGGUCACAUGUAUGCUAGAAACUGAAGCAGUAGUUGUGUCUAGACGCGAAUGUUGUAGUAAGCAAUGUGUAGAGCAAUUAACCGGGAAAGCUACCUACAGGGAUCCUCCGAAAUUUGUUCUAUUGGAACAAAUCAAGUUAAGUGGGAUGUGAAUAAACAUUCCACUUUCAGAAAAUGAGGUGUUUUGUCGAUUUUAAGAAGUCAGAUUAGUAUAUCUUUAAGACUUCUUUAGCGACAGUAAGUAGACCCACCACAGAAGAUUAUGGUAACUUCUGGGCUUAGGGAAUGAUACCUUUUAUAUGGUAUAAUUUUCGUUAAUAAGUGAUUUUAAAGCGGAAACGGCAGAGCAUUAGGAGUCUUAGGAAUAUCUGACUACUUGUAUGGCCACUUUGUUAAUUUUGUUAGGCAUUUACUACCGUAUGAUGGAGCUUAACACUAAGCGGUGAUGGCGAAAACAGUUCCAAUAAACGGCGAAAUUUGAGUUCUUACGUUUGCAGAUAAAACUAUCAAUUUUUUGAGGCUUUUGGAGAGGAAGCCAAAUGCUUCGAUUUGCUCCUUGAUUUGACCUCGACAAACGGCAAGUUUACGCAGACAUCCGUCAAAAAGACCAUACCACAUCGAUUUCUAAAAGAAUAAAUUUACAAGACAGUUCUCCUAUUGACCCAAGGCAUACUCAUCACCGACUUUCGUGGCUGAAGCUUACUGUUCUCGGCAAUGAGAUUUCAUGUUUAGAUAAGUCAGCCAAAUAGAAUUCAAAGGGCCAUUUCAGAAACUAACUACUUUGUUGAUUGCUUUCAAUAAAUAUCUAAUUUUAAAGGGUUUGAUAAACACAUAGGAUAGGACUUAUCUUAACAAGCAGUCGAUUUGUAGCAUUAAAAACGGCAAAGCAGUCACCAGAAUUUCAAUCAUACUCUGAAAAUCAACGGUAUUCUGAUUCGCAUAAAGUGCAGACAUUUUACGAAUGAAACGCCGUCUUAAUAAGCACAAGUAGAGUUCUUAUGAUUGGAUGUGUUCCAAUUUAUUAAUCGGCGAUUGGCCAAUCAACAUGUGGCCUUGUAAGAACUGUGUUUUCUUAGUCAUCUCUAUCGGCACAAUCCUCAGCCGCAUCUAAAAUACGGCAGAACCUACAGUCAAUUCUUGUGAACCCGUUUUGUAAUCUAUACUUAAACUGUAAGUUCUUGACUAACCGCUAAACUUGACAUUUCACUAAUUAUUGAGGGAUAUUGAAGUGCAAAUUUGCUAAAGAAUUAUUCUUAGACAAUGUUCUACGUGCGCUGUUGGAUUAACACAGUUAUUUGCAUGGAAUGACGUUAUGGGCCCUUGAAACUUAAACUUACUCACUUAACGCUGUUGUCACCAUAACAACUUUCCUAAAAAAUUUCAUUUCUGAAAAACACACUGUUACGUUUAAAAGUUUUUUACGUUUCUUACUUUCUUUAAAGCUGCGCAUUAUCACGUGCGUAUUUAGGUCUACAUAUGCAUGCCAGUUUUUCAAUGCCAAGAGGGGUGAUGUUCAACAUUCAGAUUACGAGACGCGCUCGUCCCGUUAACAAGCCGAUUAAAACCAGCGAGACAACGGGUUCGUGUCUCAAUAGGUGGGGAUUUGAAUCUUCUAACGUUCAGUACCCAGGGAUUGGGCAAGGUUGGUUAAAGACGGCUAAUGAAACAAAAAAUGGUCAUUCCACUCUUGCCUUUGCCUGAGGGGCGCGUUCCAUAAGCUGAUCAGUGAACGUCCCCUUUACUAUAUGCAUAUGCAUCUAGCGUUGCUUCAUGUUUCAUUUGCGUCACCGCCAAGGUGUACAGCCACAAAGAAUGCUGAAAAGGCAUUUUUUUGGAAAUCAAAAGCCGUCAAAAUUGUAAGAACAUUAUGCGCCCUAUGGGAAACAGCAUUCAUAUUCGGACGGUGUUAUAUAUGGGAAGGAAUGUUUUUAAUAUGACAGGCUGGCAUUUAAGGUUGGCACUUGCGAGAUUAUUAUUUUCGGCUCAGUGCUUGACUUCUAUAGUUUGCAAAACUUAUUUACAAAGCCACUGGGUAAAGGUCAGGUACUCACCAUAUCAAUGCUGCAUUUUAAAUAAAUAAAAUUUUUUAUUAAAAACCCGUCGGGGUCCCAUCAAAGCAUUUUUUACUAAUUCGCGAGAUUAGAUCUUAUAACGCAUAGUUCAGGUACCCUGGUUAGGGCGUUUAGUCUGAGAUAUUCCUCCAUGAUUUUUGGAAUAAAUAACCACAGGAUGCUCCCGCUCAAUGGCUAAAUGUCCUACUUAAUAAAUCAUGUAAAUUAAACGGAGUUGUGAUUUGCUGUGACAGUGUUUGUGUGGCGGCUAGCCAUCCUGACUGGUCUGGCGUCAUUAUUCAAGACCUCACUGCCUCAAGGUCAUUCAUCCCUUGCAGCGAGCCGUCCCAAACGAGCUGACCUGAAGUCACACGACCCACAGCUCGGGCAUACCUGCGUCCGCGCAGUCGCAGCUGCCCAUGCGGCCACUUGA